UUUCAGGUGUUUUGGAAUGGACGGUUGUUGGAAAGGUAACAGAAUAUGGACAAAACGCGACAUUAUUUUGCAAUGUUUCAAACUGCUGUCCCAAAGAUUCAGGUUGGGAUAGGUGGACCCCAGUACAACAGACAUUGUUUAUAGAUGUCAAAACAGGAAGACCUAAUAAAAAGUAUGAUGGAAAGGUUUUGAAAGAUGGAUACACCUUAAUUAUUCAAAAUCUGACAGAACAAGAUCUAAAUGUUUCAUAUUCAUGUUUGUAUGGUGUAACUUAUGGGGAAAUAAAGUUUCUAUUGGAAGAAGACAUUUUCACCUCCAUAAGUACUACACCACCCGAAAUUUCAACUGGGAAUAGAAAAUUAUCUCAAGGUGAAAUAGCUUCUAUUAUAACUGGAAUUACUAUGGUCGUAGUGUUAGUGCUAAUUUUUAUUUAUUUAUGGAAACGAAGAUAUAGAAGAUCAGAUACAGAUAAACCCGAUAAAGAUGUGCCUGAAGCGAAGCCUUUAACGAAAGGAAAAAAACAUUCAGAUCUUUAUGAGAGAGUAAUAAAAAUGGAAACUGAGCAAGAAGAAGUGAUACCAAAGAAUAUUAGAGAAGGAAAAAAACAUUCAGAUCUUUAUGAGAGAGUAAUAAAAAUGGAAACUGAGCAAGAAGAAGUGAUACCAAAGAAUAUUAGAGACCAAAUGAAAAAAGAAAUUAACGACUGGGAAAAAAAGGAUGAGAUGUUUGUUGCUACAAGAGCCAGUGAUUAUGUCAUGGAAUGUUUAAAGGAUAACAGUUGUUUGACUUUAACUGCCCCGUCAGGAGUAGGGAAAUCUUUUACUGCAAGACACACAGCACUAGUUUUACAGAAGAAAGGCUACAAAAUAAUACCAGUGAUAAACCCAAAUUAUAUCGAAGAUUAUUAUCAACCUGGAAAACAGACAGUCUUCCUUGUUGAUGAUAUUUGUGGAAAUUUUACUGCAAACCACCAACAGAUUGAUAACUGGAAACAACUGUUACCUUUGAUUAACACAAUAAUUAAAGACAAAUGUUGUAAGAUUAUUGUAUCAUGUAGGUUACAAGUCUAUAACGAUGACAAGUUUAAUAUAUUAAGACCUUUUAAAUCAUGUGAAUGUAAUUUAAUGUCAGAUAAAUUAUCCCUUACAUCUGUAGAAAAAAAUAGUAUGGCAAAUACCUAUAUUGGUCCAAAUUUGAACGAUCUUGAUAGGUUAUCACAAAAUAGUGAAUUCUUUCCACUUUUAUGCUCCUUAUAUGACAGGGAAAUACAUGGAGGAGUUAACGAAUUUUUCGAAAAUCCAUUUUUUGUCUAUCAAAAUGAACUACAAAGUUUGAGUAGGCCUGGUGUGGAAGGGAACGACAAGCUAUGCAGUCUCGCUUUAUUAGUUCUCUUUAAUAAUCAACUGAAAGAGAAAUGGUUCAAGGGUAAAGUGACAGAUGAACAACGACAUAUCAUAGAAGAUACAUGUGAGGCUUGUAGAUUGAACAGAAGUACUUCCAAGGCAGAACUUAAAGAGGCUCUUCUCACUCUAGAUGGCACAUUUGUAUAUAAACAGAAUGGUAUUUAUAGAACUGUACAUGAUAAAUUGUUUGACUUCUUUGCCCAUUACUUUGGUCAGAAAAUGAUUGAAUGUUUAAUAGACCAUGGUGAUAGUGAUUUAAUACAUGAACGUUUUAUAUGGAGGAAAUCACCAGAUAACAAUAACAGUAAUACAGACUUGAUUAUUGAAAUACCAGAUGAUUAUUUAGAAGCAUAUUUAAAAAGGUUUAUAAAGGACUGGUCAGUAGGAAAGGUGGUAGUUGUAUUCUGUAACAACAAUAUGGAAGAACCAUUAUUCAGACAAAUGCUAUUACAUCACUUAAAACAACUGGACAAAUCACAGCAAGUAACAUUAGCCAAUACCUAUGAUAUAGUUUUACCAAAGAAGCACUAUGCAUCAGGUAGUACUCCGUUGAUAAUGGCUUGUUGUAAUGGUUGUACUGAUAUGGCACAGUGGGUGUUACACGAUAAUGUAGAUGUGGAUCAGUGUACGGAUGAUGGAGUUACUGGGCUGAACAUGGCAAGUCAGGAAGGACAUACUAAUAUAGUAAAGUUGCUAUUAGAGAGGAAUCCUAAUAUUGAUCUAUGUGGCAAUAAUGGCUGUAGUCCUCUGUACAAGGCAAGUCAGCAAGGACAUAUUGAUAUAGUAAAGUUGCUGUUAAAGAGGAAUCCUAACAUUGAUCUCUGUGACAAUAAUGGAUGUAGUCCUCUAAGACAAGCAAGUCAGAAUGGACAUACUGAUAUAGUAAAGUUGUUAUUAGAGAAGAAUCCCAAUAUUGAUCUAUGUGGCAUUGAUAACAGUCGUCCACUGGACAUAGCAAUUCAGAUUGGACAUACUGAAAUUGUAAAAUUGUUGUUAGAGAGGACUCCCAAUAUUGAUCUAUGUAAUAAUAAUGGUUGUAGUCCCCUAAACAUGGCAAGUAAACAAGGACAUACUGAAAUAGUAAAAUUGUUGUUAGAGAGGACUCCCAAUAUUGAUCUAUGUGGCAAUAAUGGCUGUAGUCCUCUGUUCAAGGCAAGUCAGCAAGGACAUAUUGAUAUAGUAAAGUUGUUGUUAAAGAUGAAUCCUUGUGUUGAUCUCUGUGACAAUAAUGGCUGUAGUCCUCUAAGACAAGCAAGUCAGAAUGGACAUACUUAUAUAGUUAAGUUGUUAUUAGAGAAGAAUCCCAAUAUUGAUGUAUGUGGCAUUAAUGACAGUAGUCCACUGAACAUAGCAAGUCAGACUGGACAUACUGAAAUAGUAAAAUUGUUGUUAGAGAGGACUCCCAAUAUUGAUCUAUGUAAUAAUGAUGGUUGUAGUCCCCUGAACAUGUCAAGUCAACAAGGACAUACUGAAAUUGUAAGGUUGUUGUUAGAGAGGAAUCCUAACAUUGAUCUAUGUAACAAUGAUGUCUGUAGUCCUCUGAACAUAGCAAGUCAGGAAGGACAUACUGAAAUAGUAAAAUUGUUGUUAGAGAGGAAUCCCAAUAUUGAUCUAUGUAACAAUGAUGGUUGUAGUCCCCUGAACAUGGCAAGUCAACAAGGACAUACUGCAAUUGUAAAGUUGUUGUUAGAGAAGAAUCCUAAUAUUGAUCUAUGUGGCAAUAAUGGCUGUAGUCCUCUGAGACAGGCAAGUCAGAAUGGACAUACUGAAAUAGUAAAAUUGCUGUUAGAGAGGAAUCCCAAUAUUGAUCUAUGUGACAAUGAUGGUUGUAGUCCUCUGAACAUGGCAAGUCAACAAGGGCAUACAGAUAUAGUUAAGUUGUUGUUAGAGAGGAAUCCUAACAUUGAUCUAUGUAACAAUGAUGUCUGUAGUCCUCUGAACAUAGCAAUUCAGGAAGGACAUACUGAAAUAGUAAAGGUGUUGUUAGAGAGGAAUCCUAAUAUUGAUCUAUGUGACAAUAUAUAUGGCUGUAGUCCUCUAUACAAGGCAUGUCAGAACGGACAUACUUCGGUGGUAAAGUUGUUGUUAAAGAUGAAUCCUAACGUUGAUCUAUGUGACAAUGAUGGCUCUAGUCCAAUGAACAUUGUAUGUCAGGAAGGACAUACUGAAAUAGUAAAGUUGUUGUUGGAGAGGAAUCUUAACAUAGAUCUAUGUGACAAUGAUGGCUGGAGUCCACUGAGACAGGCAAGUACGAAUGGACAUACUGAAGUAGUAAAGUUGUUGUUAGAGAGGAAUCCUAAUAUUGAUCUAUGUGACAAUGAUGGCUGUAGUCCUCUGUACAUGGCAAGUCAGGAAGGAUAUACUGAUAUAGUAAAGUUGUUGUUAGAGAGGAAUCCUAAUAUUGAUCUAUGUGGCAAUAAUAGCUGUAGUCCUCUGAGACAGGCAAGUCAGAAUGGACAUACUGAAAUAGUAAAAUUGCUGUUAGAGAGGAAUCCCAAUAUUGAUCUAUGUGACAAUGAUGGCUGUAGUCCUCUGUACAUGGCAAGUCAGGAAGGAUAUACUGAUAUAGUAAAGUUGUUGUUAGAAAAAAAUCCUAAUAUUGAUUUAUGUGACAAUGAUGGCUGGAGUCCACUGAACAUAGCAAGUCAGAACAGACAUACUAAUAUAAUAAGGUUACUGUCAGAGAAGAAAUCCAAAUGUUGAUCUUUUUGAUGAUGGUAUUUUUUUAUUAUUUUGUUGUUUGAAGUUUGUUUGAUAAAUACUGCUAUUCAUCCCAAUUGUCUGUCUCUGUUUGACAUCUACCGCUAUGCAUCUCUUUACUUUUGUCUCUGUUUGAUGUCUUCUACUAUUCAUCCCAAUGCUUCCGUCUCUGUUUGAUAUCUACUGCUUUUCGUUCCAUUACUUCUGUCUCUGUUUGAUAUCUCUCACUAAUAAUUCCAUUACCUCUGUCUGUGUUUGAUAUCUACUGCUAUUCAUAUAAUUACUUUUGUCUCUGUUUGAUAACCUACUGCCAUUUAUCUCAUUACCUCUGUCUCUGUUAUAGAUCUACUGCUAUCUAUCCCAUUACUAAUAUCUCUAACAAAACACCAUGGUUACAAGACAAAUGCAGCAUAGCUAUACUUUAUAUAGAUAUUUCUUGAUUUUUUCACCAGGAACAGCAGAUAUACUUGAUGUUGAUGUAAAGUUAAACCAUUGUGUUGAUGCCAAUAAAUAUAACUGUAAAACACUCAUUAAACAAUGUAACUCUAUCAUUACUUAUUUGCUCUAGUUUCUUCAUUGUUUUCUUAAGUCACAUUUCUUUCGUCUUGAUUUCAUCACCAGGAACAGAAUAUAUAUUUAAUUUUGAUGUGAAGUAAAACCAUUCCGUUGAUGCCAAUGAAUAUAACUAUACCAAACUCAGUAAAUAUUGCAUUGAACAGAAGAGACAUAUUUUAUUUAACUGUAAUUCAGUGGUUGUCGUUUGUUGUCUUACAUCAUAUUUGUUUUUCGUUUACUCUUUUGUACAUAAAUCAGACCGUUAGAUUUCUUGUUUGAAUUAUAUUACAUUUGUCAUUUCUGGGCCUUUUAUAUGCUUACUGUGCGGUAUGGGUUUUGAUCAUUGUUGAAGGCUGUAUGGUGACAUACAGUUUCAUACCUUCUGUAGUGCAUUUUAAUAAAUUAAACGUGUAUCAGAAGACCGCCUGUCUUAUGAGACCACUUUUUUGCUAUCACUUAAAAGUGGUCUCUUAAAACAGGUUUCACUGCAUUUUCAUUCUGAAGCUUUCUUAUUUUACUGAAUGUUUUCAGAUAGGAUUAUACUACACUCAUAUGAGCUAUUAUAUUAUGAUCAUUGUUAUGUUAUUUCAUUUUUUUGUGUUGUUCGAUUGCUGUCUAUUUGGAGAGUGUGGUAGAACUUUUUUCGUAUUGUCAGUUUACGAUUAUAUUUUCUUUUUACAGCUAUCAAUGUUGAGACUACAUUUUGUACAUAAUACUUAUCUUAAUAAAGUUUACAAAUGUUGUCAUCAUUACUUGUGUUGUUGAAUUGUUUACUCGAUCGUGUGAUAGGACUCUUUUUUCAUAUUGUCAUUUAACAAUUAUUGGUAUUUUUGUUUCUCUCAAUGUUGAAUACUGUUGAUCUAUUGUACAUAGAUUUCUGUUUUUUACUCUACAUUUUGUACUAAGUACUCAUAUUAAUUAAGGUUACAUAUUGUGUUAUCAUUAGUUGUGUUGUUGGAUUAUUUACUAAAUGGAGCGUAUGGUAGGACUUUUAUUUUAUAUUGUCAUUGUAUGAUUAUUUUUUUUUUAUGCUAUUAAUGUUUUUCUACUCUACAUUUUGUACACAAAACUCAUAUUCAUUUAGUUUACAAAUUUUGUUAUCAUUACUUGUGUUGUUGGAUUAUUUACUAUUGGAGCGUAUGGUAGGACACUUUUUUCGUGCAGUCAUUUUACAAAUAUUGCUUUCAAUGUUGAUUCCUGUUUUUUAAUCUACUUUUUGUACAUAUUACUCUUGUAAAUUAAGUUUACAAAUGUUGCUAUCAUUACUCGUAUUGUUUGAUUAUUUACUGAAUGUAGCGUGUGAUAGGACCCUUUCUUCAUAUUGUCAUUUUAUGAUAUACUUAUUUUUUCCUAUCAAUGUUGAUUCCUAUUUUUCUACUCUACAUUGUGUACAUACUAUUUACGUUAAAUAAGGAUGUUCGCUACUCAGUUUUAAAAUAACAAGCUUUGCAUAACACUGGUAAAUAUUGAUAGGGGAACAAUAAAGGAAAUAAAAGAGCGAAAACAAGCAUAAUUCCGUGUGCUUGUUUUAGAGAUAUAAGUUAUUAGAAAUAUGGCGGAAGUAAUAUUUUCUCUUGAUUUUCAAAGCCUUAUAAUUGACUAGUUUUAUUUCUCAAAACACAUUAGAAAAUAACACCGUUUUAUAAGAUUUUAAAUCUUGUAUGUAAAAGAUUCAAGAAAGUAAAAUGUGUGUUAGAGUUGAAAAUAUGCUAUGGCAUACACAUAGAUAAAACGAGAGGAUCACGAAAAUCUGACAAAUUAUAAAAAAAAAUGACUGUCACAAAUUCUUAAGUUUCGCAGUUGUAAACUAGUACAGUAACACUGACGUUCGAAAAAAAACCAAUUGUUGCUUGAUUCGUUUCUUAGAUCUAGAAUGUAAAAGAACUAAUUAUAUUGAUAUGUUAAAAGUUCUACGGAACUAUAUAUGUGUUACUUGUUUAUAUUUUUGAUGACUUUAUAUACACUGAAUAAAUAGUCUACCACAAAAAAAGUCAUAUUCAUUUGUAUUAAGGAUUUUCGCUCCUCUGUUUAAGAUGAGCAAGUUUUUGAAAAGACUGUUAUAAGUUGAUAUAUAUAGUAUAUAAAUAACAGAACUUAAAAAAGUAGAACAAAAUGAAAGGUCCGUGUCCUUGUUUUUGAGAUAUGAGCUAUAGACAAAUUCAUAGAGAAUGCUUCUUUCUCGAUUUUUUUUAUACAUUUAACAUGGAUAUAUUUUCACCUUUCACAAACAAGGAAAAAAUUGCAAGGAUUUUAACUGUAGAAUAUAUACUGAUUGUUAAUAUAGUGUAUUGUUAUGAAUGAUAUAUUCAAAUUGUUACUAUUUUGUAUAGCUGAUAUUUGUUAUACCAAAAUAUUGUUUGUAUCAGAAAAAUAAUCAAAAUAGAAAUAUUUGCUAGUUUUAUAUUUAAAUGUUGGUUUUUUUUAUCUUUUUCUGUUAAUUUAUUAUCAAUAUUAUUAUCAGCAGUGAAAAGUGACAUCCUUAUAUAUUACUCUAUUUGACAUAUUUAUGUUAAUCUUAAAAGUUCAAGAUAUUCAGAUUGUUUGAUUGUUUUGAUUUCAGUGUAAUUUUAAAGAAUUAGUUAGCAAUUUAGGCGACAGUUUUUACUUUUUUUGAGAACUGUCAAAAUUAGAUUUUUGUUUAAUGUCUGAGAUUAAGGAUAUAAUUAUUUUUCUGUUAUUGUAAUCAUUCAAGUUUUGGUCUUUGAUAAUAAUUUUGAAAUAAAUUGAUAGAUAAGCUAAAUUAGCACAUGUUUGUUAAAGCUGUUAUUUUCUUUGUAAAUUAAGUAAAAAUGUAUUAGAUGUGUAAUGCAAUGUUUGAAAUUAGAAUGUUUGGUACCCCAUGAGAUUUGCUCUCAAGUAGAAGGAUUACAAAAAAUAGUACUACCUUUUCUGAUGAAGGACUGCAUCUGAUUGGGCAGUCAUCUAUUCUAUGAUUGUCAGGUAUAACAAAGUAAAAAAGAAGGGAUUUAGUAAUAUAAAAAAUAUAUUUGAGGCAAUGUUAAGAUGAUACCCAUGAUACUGGUUAAGAUUGAUUGAUUGAUUGUUAUUGUUUUAACGCCACUUUUAAGCGUCACUUUUGGGCUAUUUCGUGACGGUCAGUUUUAAUUUGUGGAGGAAGCCGAGUGCCCGGAGAAAACCACCGACCUUCGAUAGGGAAACUGACUUGAAACUAAGGCAAUGUUCAGAUAAUAAUCAAGAUAAUGGUUAAGGACUACACACUAACAUAAUGGAUACUUUGCAAAGAGCUAUAAAAGAGGGACGAAAGAUAUCAGAGGGACAGUCAAACUCACAGAUCGAAAACAAACUGACAACGCCAUGGCCAAAAAUAAAAAGACAAACAGACACAUAAUAGUACAGAUGACACAACAUAGAAAACUAAAGACUAAGCAACACGAACCCCACCAAAAACUGGGGGUGAUCUCAGGUGCUCCGGAAGGGUAAGCAGAUCCUGCUCCACAUGUGGCACCCGUCGUGUUGCUUAUGUUAUUACAAAUCCGGUAAAUAGUCUAAUUCGGUUGGUAACAUUCGUGAAAAGGGAAGGGUAUUGAAGUUACGACAUAAGGAACAUAUCCGAUAUCAUCUGUGAAACGGUUAUUCCAUAACGGUCAACCAACUCGUGAUGGCGUCCGUAAAUUUUACGAAGGGAUGAUUUCAACUUCACCAUUUGGAACUCUUGGUUUAAUAGCUUCCUUGUGAGCAGCAAUCUUCUAUCAAGGAAAUCAUGAUAGGAAAUACAAGCCCGGGAAUAUCGUAUCAACUGGGAGAUAUAUACUCCGUAUGCAGGCGCUGCUGGAAUGUUGCUACAUAGAAAUGGAAAGUUCACAAUUUGGAAGCUGAAAUCAUCUCUUUUGUCGUAAAAUUUUGUUUUCAAUCGACCCUCAUUGUCAAUUUCUAGAUGUAAGUCAAGAUAUAAGGCAGACUUAACUGUAUCUGUAGUAUCCUUUAUCUCUAGAACGAUGGGAUAUAUUCGUCCUACAUAGUCACCAAAUUUUGUAUUAUUUAGUGAGAGAACAUCAUCUAUAUAGCGGAACGUAAAGUUAAAGGAUAUUGCUAACUUCUUAUCUUUCUUCCUAAGAAGUUCCUGUAUGAAGUCGGCCUCAUAAUAAUAAAGAAACAAGUCGGCAAGUAAGCAUCUUGAUAAUGUCAGUUUCAGAGAAUUUUUUGUUUGAAUCAGAGUGAUUCUUUACAAAGUAGGAUUUAUCCCUCUCCAAGACAAGAUACUUGUAUCUACGUUCGCCAUUCUUUUUAAUGAAACAAAGUAAUACCAACUCUUUCAAUUUGUCUUUUAGUUUGGAAUGGGGAAUACUUGUGUAAAGUGGAGAAAAGUCAAAUGAUUUAAUACUAUUGCAAGAUGAUUGUUUCAUGGAUUGUAUAUAUGUAUAUAUUUGGAUAUUUAAAUAAUUAACAUAUACAAUGGGA